AGUAAGCUGGUUUAUAAAAGCAGACUUUUUGUGUACCCAUUUAAGAAUGUAGGUAACUGUCUCUUUGUAUUCGCAGAAGUUUGCUAAUUCUCUAUCAUGUCUGUGACUGUACUGGAAUACUCAACGGUACAGACAGAGCUCCUCUCAACUGUCCAAGCUGGUCUCACUGCUGCUACCUUGUUGUGACUGUUCCACUAGCCAUUGCUAAUACAUAGAGCUCAGUAGCUACUUUUUAGCCUAGUACUAGCUAAAAGCAUGGGUUGGAGGAAAUAAAGAAGAAAACAUUGACCGAAACGCGGAUCGUCAAUGCUAUUUACGUAGGGUUUCCCAUCCCUCUCCCUUCUUAUAUCUAUGGUUUAGAGAAAUACGUGUAUGCAAUGAUGAAUAUGUUGAUGAAUACAAUGAUGAAGAGCAUGAACAGGGCGAACGUAAAAAUAAUGAUAGAGCGGAAAACGACUGAGCGUUAUAGAGACGGCAGUCAGUCGUACAGGAGCAGCUAAGACAACACAGUAGAGACAGAGUAGAGACAGAGCAUGAGGCAGCCCUACGAGAGAGAGACUGAACCGACGGAGUUAGCCAAGCAGUUAUGGAAGAUAAAUUGCCAUCAACUGAGCACAGGAACUGAAUGCCCUGAAUGCCCAGAUAUUCACCCUCCAAGAAAUUACAGAGAGCGGCGUUCUCUGACGAGAGGCGACCCUUGCCGAUUGCCAGUAGAACGGAAAGACGACCCCGUCCCAGAUCACAGUAGACCCAGAUACCAGAUUGACUCUGGAUACUCGUAGCCCAGUUAAUACGGGUAAAAGGAGGGGCAGGGCUCCACCAAUAGACGGCGAGGAUACAGAAAUAAGGUUCCAGGAUUGGCUACCUGCAUUGAUCCGGACAUCGAAAUGGAAUCAAUGGAAUCAAUGGACCACUGAAGAAGAGUUGGCAGGACAUCUCCGUGGACGUGCCCUACACGAGUGGGAGCUGAUGGAGGAGUGUGAUUGUGUUAGGGCUAGUGACAUAUUGUGUACUCGAUUAGACCCAGAGGAGGUUGGACACGAUCACGCGAGCUAGUUUUUCUGCUGACUCAGCACUGUUUUGUAGGGCAAAACCAAUGUACAUUUCAAAGAGGUAUAUCUCAUCUAACUAGUAAAAAAAUCACUGUUUUUUGUGUUUUCCUAUUCAAGUAAGUAGUCUUGCUGUCAGUAGCCACCCGAUCCCUGCCGAUCCCCGCUCAUUGGUGACAGUGCAGAACAGAAGUACCUGGUACCCAAUAUGGCCAACUUUUCAGAUACUGUUGAGCAGUUGUGUGAGGGUGUUAACGCUCUAAUGGUCACUCCACCACCCACCCCUGUGCCUACAACACCCCCUGCUAGACGUCGGAAGCAAAGUGUUACCCAACUUUCUCAAAGCCCUUCUUCUCGCCCAAGAUUAAGACAGGGUAUAAGAGACCAAAUAAUUGGUAAGAAGUUGUUUGGAAAGCAUACGAAGAAUCAACCACCUGUUUGGUCGAAAGAAGAAGAAUCAAGGCUGAUAGAAUUUAUGCUAAUCUUUACGGAAGGCAAAUCGUGGGUGAUGCACAAGUACACCCCAUUUUGGAAUGAGGCUGGGAAGCAUAUUCAGCGAUGUCUGAAAACGUUUCACCGUCGAUCAGGGAAUGCCUGCCGUAAAAGGGUUAUCAACUUGUCAUCGAAAUUUGAAUCUCCCCUGCAAGCCGACCAGAGCUGUAACAGUGAAGAAGCGAUUGUCACUUUUGAAGAUAAGUCUUCUUCCUCAGCAAGUCAUUCUAUGCCCGUUUCUCCUAAGUCCAGUGAUCCUUUGGUUGUUAUCGGAAAAUGCAAAGAAAACUUGAGGUCACUUAAACAAACAGAACAACUAGAAGCUCUGUCACAAUUGUUUAGUGAUUUUGGCCAGGUAGUCAUUCCACCUGACUUCCUAGAGCUAACUCGUAAUGCAGUGUGUAACCUUAAGGAAGAAGGUAGAGCUAACCUUGUUUAUAAGCUUGCCAGAUGCCUUGGCACAAAGCGUGAAGAUGGUAGUGACACAUUGCUCCCGGUUAAAAGAAUGCCAACCGGUUUGAUUGAGUAUAUUGUCAGCUUUUUUAAUGCGGAAAAUCUUCAAAAGGUACAAUGUCCUGCUGACUACAGACUUUGGCAACAAACGUUGUUCGGAAUGAAGUGGGUAAAGAUACAUGCUGGACCCAUGUGGAGUGAGGACACAGUUUCCCAAGGAAGUACCCUGGGUCAUAGCAAAGCUCAGAACCCUACGAAGGCGAGAGUCAACAUACCUGGUCUGUCUGAUAGAACCCUAAGGAGAGAUAUAGUAUCAAGUGGCUAUACCAUGGGAUCUGAAAUUCAGGCCAAUGCACUUGACCAAGCUGCUGCAAUGUUCCCAACUGACACCCAAUGGUGGAUCAAAGGGGAUGCAGUCGAUAUAGUCCCGGGACUAAGUGACUCCGUUAGAGGUGAAUGGUCUGGUGAUGUAGACCUAAAUGACGGCAAGCUGCAACUGAUGUUUUCUGAGUACCAAGAACGCUUGGACAAGAUCAAACACUUUGGCAUGGGUACCAAAACGGAAAUUGAAGCUGGAAUCGUUCAUGAGAAUCAUAAAAUGGAAGACACUCUUGCCUUUCUUACUGCAAAACUAGUGGAAGCCAAUGCUGACUAUGAAAACAAGCUGAAAAAUGCUAAAAAAUUGGAUAAGACUAUGUUUGAAGCUGCCUGGAAAGUAGAAGAAUUGGAUCGUGUGUGUAUAGGGUGUCGUUCUAUACGCACAGAGCUAACUGUUGUGCUUGAUGGAUUGCGUGAGUCAGAAUCUACCGUCCAGCAACUGAAUAUCCCCCGUCGCCUUACUGCCAUUAGACAAAGGUUGUCUGCUAUCGUAAAGGCGUUGUAUCGAUGGAAACGAACAGCUGCAUCUCAUGUGUUUGUGUUCAUGAUAUCAUCUGAGCUGCGAAACAAAAAGCCGUAUGCAUUGCCUGUUCAAUGUGUUCCAUGUGUCGGUCUGAAAGAAAAUGAUAUCAGACAGCUUACAAACAAGCUUAUAGCCGAGAUUGUGAAGCGCAAGAUGGAAGUUGUAGGGUCAGUGUCAAAUGGGGAGUUUAACUACAUGAGAUACAAGGGCUACACACGUCCCUUGAGUGUUUUCAAGAUCAGGGCAGAUGGUUCCCUGAUGGUACUGUUCAUGCAAAACGUGACAACCCUGCUGUUUCAGUAAUGCUUCUAAAUGAAAUUUGGAACUGGAAACAAUUGGGUGCUUCUACAGAGGAUGUGAUUUCUCGGCUGCGCCCAAGAACUGUCCCUAGUGGCUACACGUUUAACACAUGGAUAUCUGGGAAAUCAGAGAGUAUGCCAGAUAUGUUAAGAUCGAUCCUGUCUCAACUUCAGUAUACCUAUCUCGUACACAAAUGGGAUAGAGAAGGCAUUCCGUUCAAACAACAUGUCUAUGUGCCUGAAGUACACCCUCUAACUGGUAAAACCUAUCAUGAGAGGGAAGACGAAGACGAACCUCAUGUCUUAAAGAGAAUGGCAACAAGUACCAGAGAGGGAGGCCCUGAUAAUGUACAUGUAGAGAGGUAUGUCGAAGCUUUGUCUUGUCCUUCAGCAAGGUUGACAUAUUCUGCUCUGUCUGGUGCACGGAAACAAUCGGUGCAAGAUGCAGAAAGAAUGUUCAGUGUGGACAUGGUUGAAUUCAUGAAGGACAAAGGGUAUGAUAUCGAGGCAACCUAUAUCUCUGCCAUUGGUAAUUGGCGUCGAUCAUGUGACGAGCGUGGUUUAUCCCAACUACAAAGGUGUCGGUACAAUCAUCAACUCUUGAUGUUUGUCAUGGAUGACCUGAUGCCGUGGCACAAGACUGACUAUGAUCUUAGUGUAAUGGAGGUCAAUAGAAACGUUUCCAAUGUCUGUGGCUUCACACGGCAAACGUUGAUAGCUGUGACGACUAACAUUGAAAGUAGAGAGAAGAGGAGGAUGGAUAAUUUACAGAUGGGUAUACCCCCAGAGCACCCCAGAGCAAGCACGUCUGAUGAUGUAGAAUGUUUUUUUAGCGUCAUGCGAGACAACCUGGGGAAAAACUUUACGCUCAAAGAAGUCAAGUACAAUUUUAGGAAAGUCUGUAUGGAAUUUGAGAAAAGAAUCAAUCCAGACCUCCCUUACUUUUAUCAUACCUCAUAUCAUACCAGGUUUGCUGAGGGUGAGCUUCCCUCAUUUGACAAACCAUCGACAAGGGAAAAACGAGUGCAACGAGUCCCUCAAAGAGAGCAAACUGCUUCUUUUGUACCUGGGCGAGCAACUCUCCCAGUAAGAGGCUCUCUUUCUAUUCGACCUCAGUUCCAUAACAAGCCGCUUGACCUUCCUCCUCCUCUAAGUGCCCCAGUCCACAUUUGCGAACACUCUUAUUCUCAACUCUAGCUGGUGAACUGCAAUUAGUGUGCAAACAGUUAUGUAAUUAACUCGUUGUGUCAUUGUCUUAUAAUUAUUGUGUAAACUUUUGAUGUUCCCUUUGAGUCUGAAAUUAGACUGAAUUUGUCAAAUGAAUUUAAUUGAUGGUUGAUGAUUGAUGAUUAA